AUGGGUAAGGUUCACGGUUCCCUCGCGCGUGCCGGUAAGGUCAGGUCUCAGUGCCCCAAGGUCGAGCCCCAAGAGAAGAAGAAGCAGCCCAAGGGCCGAGCUCUCAAGCGAUUGCAAUACACUCGUCGAUUCGUCAACGUUACCGUUGCUCCCGGUGGCAAGCGAAGGAUGAACCAGCAGCCCGUCGGCAAGUCCGGAUAA